AUGCCCCCCGGUGAACUACCAGCCAGCCUGGUCGCAGGCAACCCCAGCGGCCGUCCUACCGUCAAUACCUCUGGCUACGGGGCUAGUUACACAAAAAACACACCUACCUCCCCCGAAGACAGUCUCAUCCCAUUCGAAUCACCAAGCACACGAACUGGUGGUCCAAGUCCAAUUACACCAGUGAAUCAAGACGAUGGUCGCUCGAGUCGCGGGCUGGGUCCCGACCAGGCCAACUAUCGCGACCGUUCAACACACUCAGCCCCUCGAGACAGAUCGCGAGCGAACGGUCGUCAACACAACAAAUCCCCUGGUGGCUCAUCCCGCCUUUGCCAGAAAUGUGGUGAAUCGCUCACCGGUCAGUUUGUGCGGGCUCUAGGGGGUACUUUUCAUCUAGAGUGUUUUAAGUGCGAGGAUUGUGGUGAAAUCGUUGCUUCAAAGUUCUUCCCCGUGGAUUCGGAGGACGGUAGCUGCCAAUUCCCACUGUGUGAAACCGAUUACUUCAGACGACUGAGUCUCCUUUGCCACGAGUGUGGUGGAGCACUGCGAGGGUCAUACAUCACUGCGCUGGACCGCAAAUACCAUAUCGAGCACUUUACUUGUUCCGUUUGUCCGACCGUCUUUGGUGCCCAGGACUCCUAUUACGAACACGAGAGCAAGGUUUACUGUCACUUCCAUUACUCGACUCAGUUCGCUCAACGGUGUCAUGGGUGUCAUACUGCGAUUCUGAAACAGUUCGUUGAAAUCUUCCGCAACGGCCAAAAUCAACACUGGCACCCCGAGUGCUACAUGAUUCACAAGUUUUGGAACGUCAGAUUAUCUCCUGCGGGUCAGACUUGGGAGCCUCCACCGGUUGACGAGGACGCGAGCGAGGAAGAACGCAAACAGAUUCGCGAAGAGGAAGACAUCAUGGAGGAGAAGGUUUUCAACAUCUGGAACACACUCUCGACGUUUGAAGAAUCGUCUGCUGCUUGCAUUUCCGAUAUGCUACUCCAUGUCAGCAAUGGAGCCUACCUCGACGGCGUUCUUGUCGCUAAGCGCUUUAUUGGCCACGUCGAAAUUCUAUUUGGCGCGGUCGACCAAUUAGCGAACUACAUCAAAUCCCACGAGUUGAAGGAACUGUCUUAUGGCCGCGAAGCCAAACUUCUGUGCAAGAAAAUUGUCGCUUUCUUCGCCCUUCUAUCGAAAACCCAAGAGACCGGAGUGCGCAAACUGGGCGUCACACAAGAACUGCUGUCUUUAGUGACUGGUCUUGCUCAUUACCUCAAGCUCUUGAUCCGCAUCGGAUUGCAAGGUGCUCUGAAACUCGAGCGAGAGAAAUCGGCACCUGAUGGGUUGCACAACUUCCUGGAGCAUCUCCGCGAUCUCGAAUCACUUGCGGAAAUGGAAGAUGAGAGUGCAUCACUCGAUCUCUUGGCUGGGGUAGAAGGGUUGGCCGAUCAGCUGUCAGACUGCUGUAUUGCCUGCAAAGAACCAAUCGAUGACGAAUGUGUUUUGCUGGGACAGAGCCGUUGGCACAUCAAGCCACCUCAUCUUUCAUGUUCUGCAUGUGAUAAAGAUUUGACUGCUGAACUCUCCGAAGCAUUAUGGAGCGAGUCUGAGGAACAAGUCUACUGCAAUGACUGUGCCACUCAGAAGAACCUUGGAUCCACUGUCCAGGGUGGUUUCAUCCCAGUCUCAAAGCUGCAGCAAUUCAUCUUCCUGUUGAAGGUGGCACUGGCACGACUUCUCGCUGUACUUCGGUCUGGAGGAACUUUGCCCCACACCUCAGAUGACCCUAAUCUGCAGGGCUACGAAGACAAUGAAGGCCACAGGACGGCCGGCGACGUCCGCCGCGCUAACACCCGCUCUCAAUCUUAUACUGGUGGCUCCCGAGAUGGCAUAGAAGAAUCGUCCCUUGAGCAGACCGUCGGUGAGAUGCGUCGACUGCGCUCUAUUCGCAAUGAGCGGACUCUUUCCACUACAUACAAGAGGGCCCGCGCAUCAAGGAUCAUUGAUGGACCGGAAGGAAGAAGUGCCCGACCAGGAUCCUCCGGCAACGAAGGAUCUGAUCCAAGGGGUGCUGGAUUCCAGAUCGUGGAGGAGAGAGAUGCGAACGGUGAUACUGUCACCGAUUUGACAUUCGGUACACAAGAUGCUUUGACGCUGGACGAUAUUCCACGCAUUGUUGCCGCUGAACAGGCCAAGGAGCAGCGACCCAACGCAUACAAACACGCUGGUACAAAGCUUGUUGGUGGGAUAGAGCCCAUGCCCAGAUACAACCGCGGCCAUCAACGCGGUGUGUCGAGUGGGAACCUGGAGGCUCUCAUGGAGCCGACUCGGUCCAAGCGAUACUUUUCUGAACUAACAGCUUUGGAGUACUUCAUCGUCCGCCACGUUGCUGUGUUACAGAUGGAACCCUUGUUGGAAGGUUAUUUCAACAUGGAGGAAUUGCUCUCCCUUAUUGAGUCGCGCAAACCCACCAUUUGGAACAUCUUUGGUCGCGCCUUUAAGGAUAACAAGAAGGGUGGCAAGAAGAAGGGCGUCUUCGGCGUUGGCCUGGACUACUUGGUUGAAAAGGAGGGCACAGAAUCGAGCCACGGUGUUGGCCCUGGUGCGCUCCGCAUUCCAACUUUGGUUGAUGAUUCUGUUUCCGCUAUGCGGCAGAUGGACAUGUCCGUGGAAGGUGUCUUCCGAAAGAACGGCAAUAUUCGGCGACUGAAGGACAUUGCGGAAUUGAUUGACACCAAGUAUGACCAAGUAGAUUUGACAAAGGAGACUCCUGUACAGAUUGCAGCACUCUUGAAGAAAUUCCUUCGUGAGAUGCCUGAUCCCCUUUUGACUUUUAAGCUCCACCGACUCUUUGUCAUCUCACAAAAACUACCCGACCCCGAGAAACAGAAGCGAGUACUGCACUUGUCAUGCUGUCUGCUACCCAAGGCGCACCGUGACACGAUGGAAGUCCUAUUCGCCUUCUUGAAUUGGACAUCGUCCUUUUCACACGUGGAUGAGGAUUCUGGAAGCAAGAUGGACAUUCACAAUCUUGCAACUGUCAUCACACCCAACAUUCUCUAUCCCAAUGCCAAGAACAGCACUGUGGAUGAAAGCUUCUUGUCUAUCGAGGCUGUGAACGCCCUGAUCACGUAUAACGACGCCAUGUGCGAGAUUCCGGAAGAUUUGCAAUCGAUUCUAAGCGAUCAGACUCUUUUCAGGGAGAACGCAGAAGUAACGACCAAGGAAAUUCUGAAACGGUAUGGUGAUAUUGCACGAGGCAGCUUCUCACAGAAGCCCGAGAACGGUGGUGAAACAUUCACUAUCACCACGCCCAACCGCAACAACAGCGCUCCAGCUUCCGCACGCAUCGAGACCGACCCUUCUCAGGACGCAGCCUGGCAAAUGCAGAGUUCAGUCCGCCAUGUGCCAGGGCCCAGUGGCCACACACACUCUGCCAGUGCCAACGCUCAAGCUGGCCUCGAUUUUGGCCCGCCUCCAGCGGCUUAUCACCGUGACCGAAGCACCAGCAAUGGCAGUCAGCGAAAUGCCGCUGCCCCCGAUGGUCAAUCACAAAAUGUUGCAUAUCGGCCGCGUCCAAGUCCAGGUGCCAUGGGCGUUACCGGAUAG